GACAAGAGUUUACACCAGAUCACGUGACAAUGUUUUCAGAGGUACGGGAAGGAAAGUGCGCUCGCCCAGGAACUAGAAUCUGAGACGAUGGGACGUUGUGUUGUCUAUGCCGUGGUGUCGUUCAUGUUGAUGUCGACAGUCAGCAGCAGGUGUCCGUGCAGCGACGAAAAAUGGUGUAAACCGAUCACUAACAACACGCGUAAAGAGGUGUUCAUGUUUUCCCUGCAUGACGAGGCGGGCAGCUGGAGCAGGUUCGACUGGACAAGGGCCACCACGGUGGUCAUGGUGGGCUAUGUCAGCCCAGACCUCAUGUGCUUCGCCCACCAGCAGAAUGCCAGAGUCGUCAUCAUAGCCAACUACCCAACCGCAGACCUCACCAAUGCCAGCAAAAGACAAGCAUGGGUCAGUCAGCAGCUGGCCACUGUCCGAGACAACAACCUAGACGGCAUCAACAUCGACUUCGAGAGUCCUAUACGCAAGGACCAGGUGGACGUCCGUGACGGCUACACCAGCCUUGUCAAUGAGACGUACCAAGCCUUCAAAUCAGCCUUGCCAUACUCACAGGUAACAGUGGACGUGGCAUGGAGCCCAGCGUGCAUCGACCAGCGUUGUUAUGACUACAAAGGCCUGGCCCAGUACACCGACUUUCUAUUUGUCAUGUCUUAUGAUGAACAAAGCCAGAUUCAGGGAGAAUGUAUCGCCAAGGCCAACUCCGGCUAUCAGAAAACAUUGACAGGUUUACAGGGUUUCCUGAAAUUUGAGGAGAUCCCUGCAUCACGCCUGGUUCUUGGGAUGCCAUGGUAUGGCUACCGCUACCCGUGUCUUCAGCUUACACAGGAUGACAAGUGUUUCAUCAAGCAUGUUCCGUUCCGAGGGGUGAACUGUAGUGACGCUGCAGGCACACAGCGAGACUUCAGCAUAGUCUACCCCCUCCUACAGAGCUCCGGGGCCAUUAGGAUCUGGGACAAUGUAACUCGAACACCACACUUCAAUUACAAGGAUCCGUCCACUGGGAUCAUGUACCAGUACCACUAUGACGACCCGGAGAGUAUCGCCUUCAAGAGUCACAUGGCUGAGACACUUGGCCUACGCGGUGUUGGGAUAUGGAACGCUGACUCUGUGGACUACAGCAACACAACAGAAGCGAACAAGAUCAGGCAGUGGAUGUGGGGCGCUCUGCCUCAGUACCCACGCUGGUAGAGUUUGUUUUAUGUGAGAUGUGGACCUCGCGAAGGGUGAGAUGUUUUAUGUGAUGUGUGCGACUCUCGAGGGUGUGGGGGCCCUGCCUCAGUACCCACGCUGGUAGACUUUGUUUUAUGUGAGAUGUGGACCUCGCGAAGGGUGUGAUGUUUUAUGUGAUGUGUGCAAUGCUGGAGGUGUGUGGGGGCCCUGCCUCAGUACCCACGCUGGUAGACUUUGUUUUAUGUGAGAUGUGUGCGACUCUCGAGGGGUGGGGGGGCCCUGCCUCAGUACCCACGCUGGUAGACUUUGUUUUAUGUGAGAUGUAGACCUCACGAGGGGUGAGAUGUUUUAUGUGAUGUGUGCGACUCUCGAGGGUGUGGGGGCCCUGCCUCAGUACCCACGCUGGUAGACUUUGUUUUAUGUGAGAUGUGGACCUCGCGAAGGGUGUGAUGUUUUAUGUGAUGUGUGCAAUGCUGGAGGUGUGUGGGGGCCCUGCCUCAGUACCCACGCUGGUAGACUUUGUUUUAUGUGAGAUGUGUGCGACUCUCGAGGGGUGGGGGGGCCCUGCCUCAGUACCCACGCUGGUAGACUUUGUUUUAUGUGAGAUGUAGACCUCACGAGGGGUGAGAUGUUUUAUGUGAUGUGUGCGACUCUCGAGGGGUGUGGGGGCCCUGCCUCAGUACCCACGCUGGUAGACUUUGUUUUAUGUGAGAUGUGGACCUUGCGAGGGGUGUGAUGUUUUAUGUGAUGUUUGCGACUCUCGAGGGGUGUGGGGGCCCUGCCUCAGUACCCACGCUGGUAGACUUUGUUUUAUGUGAGAUGUAGACCUCGCGAGGGGUGAGAUGUUUUAUGUGAUGUGUGCGACUCUCGAGGGGUGUGGGGGCCCUGCCUCAGUACCCACGCUGGUAGACUUUGUUUUAUGUGAGAUGUGGACCUCGCGAGGGGUGUGAUGUUUUAUGUGAUGUGUGCGACUCUUGAGUGAAGUGGGGACGGAGACUUAGGCUUGUGUUUCAGAUGUUGAAGUGUUAGAUUGUGUUGCAUACAGAGUGUAUGAUUAAGGGUGUCUGCUGGUAUGAUUUUGUGUUCACUGCUCGAACUGCCGUAUAUCAGGAGUCGUUUUUGGACAUAUUUAAAGUUAGCCUAUCGUGAAUUUAGGAAUGAAGACAUGAUUCAUAGUCUUAAAGUCAAAUAUAACACUUAAUAUACCAAUCAAAAAAUUAAAUUAAUUCAAAUUUUGCUUAACGAUGCUGUCACUCCAUUGCAAACUUGUGUUACGUCAUAGGACUGUAUGUCAUCAAUGGAAUAUGGCUGCAGAUUAGAAAUUUAGGGAGGUACAUAAAGGCGCUCGUUAUUACUCUAAAAUAUGAAGGGCAUUAUUUUUAUCUUAUUGAUGAACAUUUUUUAGGAACUAUUGUAUAAAGUCAAUAACAUUAAAAAGUUAAUACCCAGUAAUUGCGACCUGUACAAUAGAAUGCACACUAAAUUCCUUCAGUUGAGCAAUGAGAAAGCUCAUCUUGAAUUUUAAAAUACCUAUGUUAGAUAAUGUUAAAUACUCAGCUUACUGACUCGCGGACAUCUUUUUUUGGUUUGUUCUUUUGUGACAGUGGUCUUUUAAUAAUCAAAUCUGGACCAGACAAUCCAGUGAUUGACAUCAAGAGCAUCCAUCCACACUAUUGACAACCUUUAACACAUAGUAGGGUACUCACAAAUCAGUUGUUCUGCUGCAACACAGCAGUUUCUAGUAUUCAUGUCUCUUUGUUGGAUGGGUGAAUGGUUUAGCUGAUCUUAUGUUGAAUGAGUGGAACAUAAUGCUGUUCAUAUAGUGAAUGAGUGAGUGAAUGACGUGGUGGUUGGAUAUCAUCAUGUGUCAAAAUGCAGGGUUAGAUAUCCCAUGAUGCAUCGUAUUAUAUUAUAUUAUAGUUUCAUGACAUUGAAGCGAUGCAUUUUUACAACAGGGGAUUUAAGUACAGUCAAACCUUGUUGUCUUGAACUCAUGUGUGUUGAAUCCCAGGAUGUGUCGAAUUCACACCCUGGUCCUGGCAAACGCUUACUUUAUUUGUCACUAUUUUAACCACAAUGUGUUAAAUUCCUGGUUAUCUCCAACUCAAUUUAUAGUCCAGAGUUAAAGUUUUGGAAAGGACAACUUAAUACAAGUUAGAAACAGAAACAUUUGUCAUAUCUGCAUUGAAGCGUCUGUGCACUUUAUUCAAAUUAUACACACGAUGUGGUACAUUUCUUUCUGCUGUCAAAUGUCACAGUCAGAUGUAAUGAGGUGAGGUGUGUCGAACUCCAGACUUCAAGACGGCAUGGUUUAUCUGUACUUCCUGAUGAUAGAGAUUCUGUAUAUGAUAGAGUAAUGUUUUCUGCAAGAACUUCAGGUUCUUUUCAAUACAUUCCAUUUUUUAAGGACCGUUUACCUUUUAAUAAAUGUUAUAUUUUGAAUA